AAACAGAACAUUUUACAUGGGCUAUGGCAGCAAACAAAACAAAAGUUAUCAUGUAUCGAAGUCACAGACCCCAGUGAAAUAAUUUCAGAAAUUGAGUGGCUCAGUCAGCAGUAUGCCUUGACAUGGGAGGAGUUAGAAGCUCUGUAUGAGAAAGACAAAUGGGGUGAUUCUCGCGAUGAUGCAGAAUACAUGAAACAAAUAUUUCUUCGAAACAAGCGAAUCAUUGACACAGAGAUUAAUGAAGUGAAGAUGAGACAAAUGAGAAAAACUGCAUAUCACAAAGAGCCAUACGAACCCUCAGUCUCGAGCUCAUCUUCCAGAAAUAGCAUACACACUACAAAGUCGUCAAAAUAUGGACAAUCAGUUUCAAGCUCAAACAUAUCCAAGACAUCGUCCAGACUUAGUGUAGCGAAAACACAUGCUUUGGCGAAGGCUGAGGCAUCAAAGAAAGAAGCAGAGUUUGAAAGAACUAUAGCAAAAGCAUUAACGGAGUUAGCAGAGCGCAAAGCAAAAAUUAGAAUCCUUGAGGCCGACAAAAAGGCUGCAGCUGCUCAUGUAACAGCCACCGUUUUACAACAGGCUGUAGACGAAGAGAAUGGACUGUUCCCUACAACCCCAGAACAGUCAUCAAAUGAUCAUGUGGAAACAUUUUUGGCUAAAAAUUCACACAAACAUUCGAAAACAAACAAUGAUGGCAGUUUACAAUUGCAAGAAACUCGUACUACUAACCCGCCGUCGAAUGGAAUAUCGAUUCUCCCAUCCACACUACGAGCUGAACAAACUUCUGAGCGACCAGUCGACAAACAAAUGACAGCACCGGAGGGACAGUUUGGAAUGACAGACUGCAACACAAAGCCAGUUUCUGAAGAAUACAUACGAAUACUGGCUCGACAACGCCUGCCAGUGCAGGAGCCUGAGAUUUACGGCGGUGACCCCGUCAUGUUUUGGCCUUGGAAGAGAGCGUUUGAUUCCCUGGUGCAGUCGGCUUGUGUGUCAACUGCAGAGAAAUUGUCCUUUCUGGGCAAGUACACCACAGGUACAACAAAAACACUGGUAGACAGGUAUCGACUGAGAAAUGUAGACAACGUAGAAAGAGCAUACAAAGAAGCCUGGGAAGAACUGGAGUCAAGAUUUGGCAACCCAGCUGUCAUUUCCUCAAUCAUCAUAAAACAGUUAAGUACAUUCAGCAAAAUCAAAGCUGACGACAACCAGCGACUUCUAGAACUUGCAGACUUGUGCGUAGACGCAGUUGCACACAUGAAGGACCUACCUCAUUUGAUUAUACUUGAUACUCCACAUGGAAUGAAUCCAGUAGUUGAGAAGUUGCCAUCAUAUGUACUGAACAGAUGGAGGGAGAGAGUGGCGACUUACAAGCAGAUCAACAAGAAAUUCCCAACAUUUCAAUACUUCACAGAAUUUCUGACAACCGUAGCAAAAACACAGAAUGAUCCAGAUGUCCCCCGCUUUAAUAAUACACAGAUCAGACCAGAUAAAGGUAAAGCAAGUCAACAGCACAGAACCCGGGUUUUCUCCACAAACACAAAGGAUGAUACCAAACAGUGUGCCUACCACGAGUCUCCUGGCCACGAUCUGACUGAGUGUAAAGCGUUCAUGAGAAAACCAAUCGGAGAACGGCUAGAACUAUGUAGAAAAAAGGGUUUGUGCUUCCGGUGCACACAAACACAUCUUGCCAAAGACUGUACUGCUGAGAUAAUAUGCACAACUUGCCAGAGUAAGAGACACAUAACCUGUCUCCAUUCAUCACCUGCAGAAAAACUACAAACGACCAAUAAAACAGAUACAAAUCAAGAAGUUACUACCAGGUGUACAAGGUUAUCUAAGUGUUCGGCAGGACGUUCCUGCAGCAAGAUAAUCUUAGCAAAAGUGUACAGAAAGGGUCGGCCGACUGAAUUCUUAGAAACAUGUGCGCACAAAAGGAGAGAACAGGAAGGGACGGCAGGUGUUGACAUUAUCAUUGAAUCCUGUGAUGGACAGGAACGAUACCCACUCCCGGUAGUACUAGAGAACAAUGACCUUCCCAGCGACAAAGGUGAAAUACCAACACCUGAUGUAUGCAGAGCAUUUGAUCACCUCAAACCGAUCACUAAUAAGAUUCCAGAAAUUAGAGAAGAUAUAGGUAUAGAACUCCUCGUUGGCAGAAAUUGUCCUGAUAUAUUAAAGGUGAGAGAGAACAGAAAUGGCCCUGUUGGUGCUCCUUGGGCUCAACGCACAGAUUUAGGAUGGACUGUAUCGGGUGAGUUAUGUUUAGAAACAACUAGAGGCACAAUUCGUGCUUCUGUUCAUCGCACGACAGCAAGCUGCGAUGUGACAUCAUACAACACGAACCAGUGUACCAGAGAAAGAUUUCAGUGUCACAAUCACAUAUAUGCAAAAGAUAUAAUUGUACCUAAACCAGAUAGGAAUACUGACAUCUUUGAGGAGACAGCAAGGGAUGAGAAUAAAUCGCUGUCAGUAGAGGACAAACAGUUCUUGGAUAUCAUGGAUAAGCAUUCUCAUGUCAAUACUCGAGGCAAUUUAGAACUUCCCCUACCCUUUAAACAGGAACCAGAACAACUGCCAAACAACUAUCAGUCUGUAUUUAAUCGUUUCAACAACCUUCGGAACCAGUUCAGACGCAAUCCAGACUUGUUGAACCAAUAUGUUCAGUACAUGGAGAAAUUAAUCAAAUGCGAACACGCAAGUCCAGUUCCAACAACUGAAUUGAAUGCAAAGAAUACAUGGUACUUACCACAUUUCGCAGUGCAACACCCUCAGAAAUCUCAGAUGAGAGUGGUUUUUGACUCGAGUUCAAAGUUUAAUGGUAUAUCACUCAACGAUGUCCUGUUACAGGGACCAGAUCAAAUGAACAGUUUGCUUGGCGUCCUACUUAGAUUCAGACGCAACCCAAUAGGCAUAAUGGGAGAUGUGGAACAGAUGUUCCAUAACUUCCACGUCUGCCAAGUACAUAGAGACUACAUGCGCUUCCUGAGGUUUCAGGAUAAUAACCCAACAAAACCGGUAAUCCAGUACCAUAUGAACGUGCACAUUUUUGGGAAUGUGUCAUCCCUGGCCAUUGCCACAUAUGGCCUAAGAAAGAUCGCUCAUGAAAACAGAUUGACCUACGGAGAUGACGUGAGAGAAAUUUAUACACAAGGAUUUUUACGUAGAUGA